AUGUCUGAAGAAAUACAAUCUGCGCAUUUUGGCGUAAGCAAAAAUCAAUUUACUUUACACACAGGUGUGAUUUAUUUGCAAGGAAACAGUCCAGUCUCAUUUUGUACCAUAUCACCAUCGCUUUCUCAUGAUCCUGGUGCGAUUUGGGCACUUUUGAAACCAAUUAUUGAGUACGCAAAGGAAAGAUGUCAAAUGGCACGUGCUAUUCACUUUUUCUCCGACGGACCUUCGACGCAGUAUUGUCAGAAGAAAAACUUUUAUUUAUUUAACAAGAUUAUUGGUCAAAGCAUCUUUGAUUACGGUACUUGGUCGUUUUUCGAAGCUGCGCAUGGCAAAGGCCCUGCAGACGGCGUAGGUGGUGCCGUUAAAAGGAAGCUAGACAAAUUGGUUGCUUAUAAACAUGAUAUACCAUCUGCAGAAGCAGCAUACUUUCUACUGAAAUCACAAGAAACUGAAGUGAAAAUAUUUUACAUCCCGGAAGAAGAUAUAACUGCUAUUCAAAAUACCAUACCUAAUGAUCUAAUAUCACUGCCAGGAACAAUUCGAGUACAUCAGAUCAUUACACAAAACUGUGAUGGGUCUAUAUUCUACAGUGAUAAAACCGUUACUAAGAAACGAUCAGCAAAGGACCCUGAAAAUCAAUCAGGCAAAUCAGGCAUCAAAAAAUCAGGCAAAAGAAAGAGAAAUACGGACUCUACAGACACAGAACUAGACUCUGAUGUAACUUAUGCUGAAACCAGUGAAAGUGAAGGAUAUAAGAUUAGUGAAGAUCUAAGCAGUGAAGAUGAAAGAAAAUGUACAGACGUUCAUGCUAUUAAGGAAAAGCUCAAGACCGAACAAAAAAAGGAGAAUAUGAUCGUGGACAGAGAGAUUAUAGAAACUGAAGAAAGAAAAAUCACUAUUUCCAGAAAAAUGAAAGAAAAAGAGAACAGAAGACUUGUACUUCAUGAACCAAACCGUAGUUUAAUAACGUCUUGCAAUACAAAUAUUAAAAUAUUAAGUGAUAUUGAGGUUGUCAAUGUCCUAGACGAAAAAACUGGACAAUUUAUAAUAAAAGCAAACAAGAAUGUGGUUGACGCCAGUUCCAAAUAUGUCGUCAAAGAAAAGGAAGUUGAAGUCAGUCUAGACAGGGUGAAACCGGCUUCCCCUCCAACGUGCGUUCACCUUGUCGUGGUGGGGGGGCUCAGUAGUAGUAGCGAAGCUAAGAAACGCACAGGGAGGUUGCCCAUGUUAAAGUUAUGGGCCCAGGGCCAGGGCCAGGGCUCCAGAUCCAGAAGUAUACUGAGAAAUAUACGAUCGAUCGAUACGCACUGCACGGAACAUUACACUCUGAUCUAUCUACGUGAAGAAAUCUUAAUUAUGGCAUCCGAUGGCGUGAUUUCCCCUGCACGUGGCGAUGGCGUCUCUCGUGUCAAUUCGACGACGUCUGUCCCUAUGUUUCCUGCAAUUGAGAAGCUGGAAGGCAGCAAGAACUACUUGGCGUGGAAAUUUGCUAUACGUAUGGUCUUAAUACUAGAAGGCUUGUGGGAUUGUGUUACUGCGAAUGUCGUCACAGACGCUGCGCGUGAUCAACGUGCGCUGGCGCGCAUAGCUUUAAGUGUUAAAACGAGCCUUUACCAGCAUAUUCGCAACGCAGCUACUGCUAAAGAAGCGUGGGAUAUAUUUGAAGCCUUUCGGAUAUAUUUGAAGAUAAGGGACUCUUGCGUCGUGUUUUACUUGCAACAGCUAGCCGAUAUUGGGCGAAAGAUAGAAGAUGAAGAAAUAGCUGAAUUGUUACUAAGCGGUCUACUUCAGGAAUACGACUCGCUUGUGUCUAAUCUGUCAACGUUCACAUUAACAACAAGAAUUUCUAGUGAAGUAGUGAGAACUCGCCUACUACAAGAAGAUUUGCGGAGAAACAAUUCUAAUUCUCAUAAUAUAUCUGAAGCUGCUUAUAUUUCAAAACGCAAAGUGAAAUGUGACUAUUGUCAUAAAGAAAAUCAUGUGAAAGCAAAAUGUUUUAAGUUAAAGCGUGACAAAAAGUUAAAAAACAGUACUAAUGUAUGUAUGGCAGCUGCAUAUCUCUCUAGGCAUAGACAGGAAGAUUGGUUUAUAGACUCUGGGUGCACUGCACAUAUGUGCAAUAAGAAAGAUUUCUUUGUGUCACUUAAGUCAACCUCAUCAACAGUGUCAGUUGCUAACAAUGAGACUAUGAUAUGUGAAGGUGUCGGGACUGUGAAUAUUCAAUGUAAUCAUAAGGUACUUAUUCUUAAUAAUGUUUUGUAUGUUCCUAAAUUAACAACAAAUUUGAUUUCUGUAAGUAAGUUAUUAGAAUUAGAUCUAAGAGUGGUGUUCAAUUCGGGAGGUUGUUUUAUAUAUGACAGUAAUGAUAAACUUAUCAGUUCUGCUAGGAAUUUAAAUGGGAUAUUUAAAUUGUAUGGGUGUGUUAGAAAUAGUAGGUAUUUGCACAAAAAGGAGCAUUCUUUGUUCCUUCAUGAUAAGAAGGACUACCAGAGUGCCGCAGUUGCAGCUCAUCAGCAGCCAAUGCUAUUAUGGCAUCGAAGGUUGGGCCAUCUCAGCUCUGGAGUGGAGAUUGAUAGUUUUAAUAAUAUUAAUUCUUGUGUUUUCAAAGAUUCGUGGGAUACUGGCAGCGAGCACAACUCCUCUGUCGAGUGUUCGGUGAAUGAUGACGUAGGAGGUGUCUCUGUUACGUCACAACGCGCGACGUUGACUGGAGGGGAAGGUGUGCCUGUAGCUUCACGCCCAAUACGUAGUACACGUUUGGUUCCGCCUAAAAGGUAUGACGACUAUGAUAUGUCUAUGUUUGUAAGGGAUGUUUUGGUCGACGAGCCACAGUCGUAUCGAGAGGCUAUGGAUAGUCCUUACUGCGAUGACUGGAUGCAGGCUAUGAAGCUGGCCGUUGGUAUUUACAAAAUGUCCUCGGAUUUAGAAGAAGAUGCUACGGGUCCGUCCACACCCAAGAAAUAUAAGAAAACCAAACACAGAGCCCAAAAGUAUAGGACUCAAUGGGAAUCAGAAGGCGAAUUUAAAGAUUGGAUUGGCCCUGAUGAAAAUAACAUUAAUAAGGCAUAUUGUAAAUUAUGUGAUGUGAAAAUAUCUUGUGAAAUAUCUACUUUAAAGAGACACAUGUCCAACGUUGAACAUUCACGGAAAAUAAAAAAUAAAAAACUUGCCAAGCCGAUACAUUCAUUUUUCAAAAAACCUCAUGUGAAUUGGCCCCAUGAAAAUUCUGUUGCUGAACUUGAAUUAAAACUUUGUUCAUUUAUGGCUGAGCAUAACAUUUCAUUCCAAACCAUGGAUCAUUUAAGUGAAAUAAUAAAAAGUAUACCAGAUUCGAAAAUUGCAUCCGAUAUUACA